GCACAAUCAGUGAACUUUCUCAAGAAGAUCAAACAUGUGCCAACGCUAAUUAGGGUUUGGAUCAUCAGCUCAAUCUCAAUUUCGCGUGACUCUGUAAUUGAGCAUCACCAAUCUGCUCCGCUGCCUGUUUCAGUUGCUGUGAAAGAUUUCUCUCCGUCGCCAUGGCUGCAACGAGUUUCGAAGGAGCUUUUGCAGUCGACAGAAUCAGCAAUCUCCCCUGCGAUAUUACGGACCACAUUCUCAACAAUUUGCCUUUGCGCGACGUGGCGAGGACGAGCAUACUCUCUCGAGAGUGGAGGUACAAAUUGGUAACGAUUCCGAACCUUGUUUUCGAUCGAGAUUUCAAGCAGUCAUUACAUAGAAAUUGUGACCUAGAAUCCAUUAUAGAUCAAAUCUUGUUGCUUCAUAGAGGACCAAUAGUUAAGUUCUCUCUCAAGGAUAUAAAUAUCAAACACAAUCCUUGGAUCCAUCACUGGCUCGAUUUGUUGUCGAACCAUUGUAUUGAAGAACUCACCCUUAGGUUUUCCUACUCGCCGACUUACCACUCGAUGCCUCAUUUCCUGUUUAGUUUCGAUCGUUUACGCCAUUUGUAUCUUGCGAAUUGUGACGUUAGGCCCCCUCCCACGUUCGAGGGGUUUGGUAGGCUUGUUAGGCUUGAUCUUGUGAGUGUGCAGUUUGAGCUCUGUGAGUUUAAGAGGUUUUUGUCGAAAUGUCCUGUGCUUGAGUUUUUGAACAUGCGUAGCUUCAAUGGAAACUCGAUUUGGCACUUUGAUAUCGAUGCUCCUAAACUUAAGUCACUACACUUUUGGGGCAAAUUCAGUUCGAUGUGGUUUGGAAAUGCGGCACUCGAGGAGCUUUCUGUUUGUUACUCUGAUUUUGUUCUGUCGGAGGAAGGGAUAUUAGUUGAAGAUUACGAAAUGCCUGAAUCUCCCGGAAAUGGACUCAACCUGUUUAAGAUCUUCUCUCAGUUGUCGUCCAUCGAAAGAUUGGAAAUCAACGGCCGCACUAUGCAGGUCUUGGCUUUAGGUGGUGCCCCGGAGAAACUCCCUAACCACCUCGACAAUCUUGCGCUCAUUCAACUCUCCGACAUUGAUUUAGGACACACAGAUGAAGUUGCCUGUGCUCUUUGCUUGAUCAGAAGCUCUCCUAAUCUUCAGAGACUCGAAAUUAAGUUUGAAACAACCGACAAUUCAGCUCCAGAUGGCGCCAUUCGGUACCUGAAGUCGUUGCAGAAGCGCAAAACUCCUCUCAGCCGCAGCCUAAAAAAUAUUAAGAUUGAAAACUUCUCAGGCGCGGAGCCGGAGCUGGAAUUCAUCAAGCUCUUUUUAUCUGCGGCGACUGUGCUUCAGAAACUUGAAAUCAAAGCUGGUUUUUGUGAAUCGAACGAUGAAGGAGCAUGGUCGCCACGGAGUUUAUUGCAAGAGCUGGAAAGCUUCUCGCCCUCCUCGUCGAAGGUAGCAGUUUUAUUCGAUUGAGAAGCUCGAGAUUCCAUCGUUGCCCUGAGCUUGGUAGCAGAGUGUAUAUAUGUAUAUAUAGCAUAUUGUUAGUAUUAUGGAUCCAUCUAUACAUAUUUGUAUGUUUAGUCGAUUAGACAAUGUACUUCCUCCGUCUAGGCUA